UGGCGGCCACGCACACUGCAUGCUGAAGCAGCGCCUCGCUGAAGUGGUGUGUCGUUUUCAUUCGCCGGCUGUGAGUUUUCGCCGCGUUUACUCGAAUUUGUAACACCGCCCAACGUGUGAUAAAAUGGGUCGUUCGUCAAAGGACAAGCGCGACGUCUACUACCGGUUGGCCAAGGAAGAAGGCUGGCGAGCGCGAAGCGCGUUCAAGCUGCUGCAAAUCAACGAGGAGUUUGAUAUCUUCACAGGUGUCACGAAAGCGGUUGACCUGUGCGCCGCACCUGGAAGCUGGAGCCAAGUCCUCUCGAGAAAGCUCCGAGGCAAUGCCGCGAAUAAGAAUGAUGUGAAAAUUGUUGCUGUGGACCUUCAGGCCAUGGCACCUUUGCCAGGAGUCAUUCAGCUGCAGGGGGACAUCACUGAGGUCUCGACAGCUCAGAAGAUCAUCGGUCACUUUAAGGGUGAAAAGGCAGACUUGGUUGUCUGCGAUGGUGCACCAGAUGUAACCGGUCUCCACGACAUUGACGAGUACAUUCAGGCGGAGCUGCUUCUAUCGGCCCUAAACAUCACCACUCAUGUCUUGAAGACUGGCGGUACUUACAUAGCCAAGAUUUUUCGAGGAAAAGACGUGACCCUGCUGUACGCACAGCUGAAGCUCUUCUUCGAGCACGUGACUGUUGCGAAGCCUCGGAGCAGCCGCAACUCCAGCAUAGAGUCCUUCGUUGUCUGUCGCCGCUACUCUCCACCCGAGGGUUACAAGCCGUUCAUGUUUUCUGGAUCCAUGGAAGAUUUGAAAGUUACAAUUGAAGAACCAAACAGAACCAUGGUUCCCUUUGUCAUCUGUGGAGAUCUCGAUGGAUUUGACUCGGACAGGACGUACCCUCUCAAGCUCGAUAAGGACAAGGGCUACGAAUUCUGCAAGCCUGUGCAGCCACCAAUAGACCCUCCGUACAAGCAUGCCAACUCCAUGAAGAAACGUAACGAGCUUGCCAAGACGGUGCUCAAUGUUGGCGCGUCCACUUCACUGGGCGCUACAGCCGGCGACACACUCGAGGAGGCUCUUUGCCCCGACAUCAGUGUUCUGGGCUUUGUUUAUGACGAAUCAACCCAAAAGCCGGAAGAUCUGGUAGAGGCCAUGCUGGCUGCCGGUCCGUCGACUUCACAGCCAUGCGAAUCAGGCGACCAGUUCGCUGGAGCCGUAUGCUCAAGCAUUGGCGAACUCGAUCUCAGCAGCGGCAAGAUCGUGAUGAAGAAGGGUGAUGUAGACGAGGCAGUGCUCAAUGCUGGCGCAUCGACAUCGCAACUUGACAGUUCCGGUGACCAAGUGCUGGAGGUGGGCGAGAAAAUUUUGGAGGCUGUGUGUUCUGCCAUUGCCGACCUGGAUGUGAAACGGGACUGAACUUUUAUGCUGUGCUUGUCAAAUUUUUUUUUUGUAUAUAUAUAAAGGCGGCAGAGUGCAUGCCAUAAAAU